AGUAAUAGCCUACGUUAGAAAUGCACAGGACUUUAAAGUAAACCCAUAUUCGUUAUGGCAUAGAUAUCAGAUUGAUUUCAGGAAGGCACAUAUGUCUCAUUUCGAAGGUUGCCCCUUUCGGUCGCAUGUCAGCAGCUUAUUUAUUAUUAUGGAAUGCAAUGGUUACUUUUCUGAAAUGAGGCAGCCUCGGCGGCGUAGGCGACCGAUGAGCGACCUCUGGAGGGCGCAGCCUUCGAAACGAAACCGAAAUUGUUACUCAUCUCGACAAAAGUUGGAAUAGCCUACUAGAAUAGAGCGGUACUUCCCGGUACUACGUUUUAUCUAGCCGAAACAUUAAUUGAAACAGUAACAACAACUAUAGGCUAUAGAUUGCGUUUAUUUUACUGAUAUGGCUUGCGAAGUCUCGCAGGAUGACCAGAUUGGAGAAGCACUCUUAAUCGGGGUGGUAAGAGAUGAGGUGAUGAAGGUAGCAGCCGAGGUACAUACAGCCCCACCGGGCCUUCCUGAAGCUCGUCCAGUAAGCAACAGCCAGGACCAGAAGCUUGUUGAACAGCUGGCGGAGACCAUCAAAGCGAUCGGUGAUAGACUCGAUCAAGAUAAAGCAUUCAAUGACAUGAUUGAUGGCUUAGUAAAAGUGGCUGAUAAGAAAAGUUUCUGGGAACUUGUGGAAAAGGUUUUCACAGAUGACCAGAUCAACUGGGGGAGAAUUAUAGUGCUCUUCUAUUCAAUUGGAAAGCUGUCUGCAAAGAUGGUCCUUGCAUGCUUACCCACAAUUGUUUCAGACAUUUUGACCUUAAGUCUGGAUUUCUUCAGGAGGACUCUGUUGGAAUGGAUUUGCAAAAUGGGAGGAUGGAUGCACAGUAUCCCUGCGCUGGCCUGUUUCUCCUUUGAGCAGUUUUCUGGUUCUUCACUUAGUAAAUAUUUUUCUUAUUUUGGAGUUGCAUUGGGCUUCACUGGUGGCCUACUGCUAGGUGGCUUCAUCGUCUCGAAAUUUCCAAGAAAAAGCUAAGAGGAAGAAAAUGAAAAUGUUGCAACAGAAGUGUCCAUAAUGAUGAACUUGAGCAAAACCUUGUACUGUAUAUUACAUCUGGAUUUUGUAAUUUGCCCCCUCUUUUUAUUGUAAUAUGCCUUUAUUUUAUAUGUAUUUAUACUGUUUUGUAGAAAACAUAUUGUAUAUGGUCAUAUUGAUUUAAAGAAGGGUACACGUUUAUUCAGAACCAGGACAUAUUGUUGUGAUAAAUCUGAGCCUAAGCUUUUUAUUGAUAAUUGACACAUGUACACAUUUAAAUAUAAUUA